AGGGGAUCUACUUGGGAAGAAAGAAGAAAGGAGGAGGGCCAAAGUAAAAAAAAGACAGAUCAGGAAGGGGAUCAAAAUCCCUAGCACUACUCCAUUCCCAAAUCGAGCCUGGCAUCUUCAUCUCCCUCACCCUCCUUCUCCACCUCCGGCCGCCGCCACGGCCAGGCCGGCGUGGUGGUGCGCCCCCGUAGCCAUCCAUCCACUCAUCUCCAUCCACCACUCCACCAUCACCCUGCACCACCAGCACCCCCACCAUCAUUCCGCGCCAUCCAUCCACCAUCUCCAGCCACCGACGCAUCUGGCGCGACCGACCAAACAGCCCGUCUGGUGUCCCGCGCGAGCGCGCCAUCCACCACUCCUUCCUCUGCUCUCUGCCUGCGGGUGCUUCUUCCCCUUCCCUUUCCCCAACCUGUUGCUUCUUCUCCACGAACCGGCUGCUGCCUCUUGUUCUUCUUCUCUUCCUUCCCUCGUCUCUGAAUCUCCUUGCUGCUGCUCCUAUUCCCUUUUGCUCCUUCUCCUUGCAUCCCCUUGCUGCUGUUGCUUCAACCUGCUGUUUCUCUCUCCCUGACGCCCCUGCUGCUGUUACAACUCUAAUCUCCAAACUGCUGUUGCUCCUCUCCAGCGCCCCCUUGCUGCUCCUCACUCGCCCCCUUGCUGCUUCUCUGAACACCUACUACUGCUGUUUCCCUCAUUAUCUUUGUCUGAUUUUUCUGUAAGCUGAGAUGUGUAAUGCUUUGUAAUGUUCAGAUUUGAGUAGUGCUUGACACUUGUUCAGUUUCAGACUUGUCCUUGAUUAAUAGUACUUGUGUUGUUCAUCUCAGAGUACUAGAAUUAUGUCUUGUAACCUCCCCCUGUUUGCAUAUGUGUGAUGUGUGUUCUGUAGUGUUUUUGUUAACUUUGUUCCUGUGAAAACAUAUAUGUUUGUGUUGUGAUAUAUUUUUGUCCCUAUCAUAUAAGCUUGUUUCUCUCCUUCUGUCAUUGCUAGUUAUAUAUGUGUGAGUGUUUGUGUUGUGAGAGUUGUACUGUUACUUUGUGAUUCUCAUUUAAAAUGUAAGAGUACUAGCUAUAUACGUCAUAUAUAUUCUGUUCAUGUAUGAUAGUUAUAUGUGUUCUUGUCUAGCAGGUUUCCCUAAUAUUGAUUCUCGUUUGCGUUAGUGAUUUAAUCCCUCAAGCCUAAUAAAAAUACCAAAAAGACAAUGAGUAAAAUCUGAAUUUCCCCUUGCUGUUUACCCUUUCUUUGUCGUCAACCUUAGCUAGUUUAGGUUAUUAUUUUCUUGGAAUCCUCUCUUAAAAUUCUGUCACCUAGCUUUAGCUGAGCAUUGUUGCUGUCGCCUAGUCCUUGUGGAGAACACGACAUCCAUAGUUUGGGGCGUAAAAACCCCGCUAUAUUACAAACGAUCAUUUUGGCGCCGUUGCCGGGGAGUAGCGUCGAGAGAUUUUGUUAGGCCAUAGACUAGGUUUUUCUUGUUUUUCCCUUUGUGCUAUAUAUUUGUGAUAUAUCUCUAGCCACUAACCCCUAUUUUAGUUAGUAUCUUUUUGUCUUCUUUUCCUUUUUGCAGUUGGAUUAUCCUCUCGGUUAUGGCUUACUAUUCAGAUCAUCAGGCUUAUGCGAGCAACACUACAAACAGCACGGAAAGUGUUCAAGAACUGAUAGGGCCAUUCGCCCGCUGAAUGUCAGCGUGGCUACUCUCACACUCCGGAUUGUUUUGGCAUGAGCUUCGCUCAAGAGCAUAGCUCAUACCAGAACAAUUACUCACAUGGGUGGCCUGAAAUCCCGAAUAUGUCAUAUAGGAGCAACAACCCUGAGAUCUCACAGUUUGGUUCUAGUAAUCAUAUGCAGGGAUUCAGGUACAAUGAGGAGAACCACAACUAUGCUCCACAACAGAUUUAUUCACCUCCUACUCAUAUACCUCAAUACCAGGAGAUGUGUCCAAUGGAGUUAAAUGGUCCUCCAUUUGGUCAACCAACAACUCCAGCACCUUUCGAGCAAUCUCAUGUGCAAGUGCCCACACAAGAUGAGUUCGAUGACAUAGACGAGCUCACACUUUUGAGUCUCGAGUUCACUUGGAGUGCCGAGGAUGAUCCUAUUAGGAAGGUUAUACUAGAGGAAAUGAAGAAGAUUAAGAGUGGAAAGGAGCUAGUGGAAGAAGUAAGGAAGAUUGAGAAGAACAUCAACGCUGGCAGCACUAUUUCUUCACAACUUGAGUUGAGUGUGGCUGAGAUAUCCAUGGAUACAUGUGAGGUUCCAACACCUUCACAUUUCAUUGAGCAAGUUAACAAGUGCCUUGAGCAAGAUAUACCUCAGAUUGAAGAAGAUGAACUAGAAGACAAGGAACAAGAUGGUCAAGAGCUGCAAUUCCCAAGUGAUCAAGUUGAAGACUCAUCAUCUAUUACUCCUGAAGAAGUACAAGAAGCUGCUGUAGAUGAAGAUGAAGAACAUGAGAUUCAUUUGCCUAUUGUCAUACCAGAGUGUGAUGUGUCAGGUUUACUCAAUCCUAUUGAUGACAUGAUGCCUUGUGAUUUCUUUGCUACCACCUUACAUUACGUGAUACCAUCACUUAAGAUUGAUUUGAAAACUCAUUUGCUUGGAUAUGAUGAUAUAUACCCUGUUAGUGGCAUUGCUCUGAUUUGUGAUGAUCACAAUUACUUUCCUCAUGCUACUCUUGAGCUUAAUGAUAAAUGUCAUCCUCGUGUGAGUAUUGGCCAUGCUGAUUUCUGCCAUCCUAAACAUGUGCUUUAUAGUUAUGCUUAUAUAAUUGGAUAUUCCAUUGAUGACUUGGAGGGCAUCGACCGUAUCACUUGUAGUUGUUUGUGUGAGUCCUAUUUCAGGCUUUUGCUACUGCACUGUUUACUACAUGCUAACCAGGUUCGAGGUGACAUUCCUUGGGAUCCUAGUGGAGUCAGAGCAUGGCGAUGAGGGGAGCACAAACAGGGAACACACAGAGAGAAGAGUGGAGAGAAGAAAGUAGGAGAGAAGAGUAUACAAAUACCAGGUGAUUCUGUUCCACUUGAAGCAACCUUUAGAAAAUUUAGUACGAGAACUGGCAUUUUAUUGCAUUGAAACUCUUUUUGCAUUGUGACACCUUACUCUUCACUGCAAAGUAGGAUUCACUCUAAGAAGAUUGUUGAUUCUCUUAAUACUAAAACUAUGCAGCUGUAUUCUUCUUAUGGUAAUUUGUGAUAAUGAAUACUUUAUACCUCCAUGUAAAUGUUCAAUGGGAAUGCCUUGAGUCUAAGUGAAACCUACUAAUGAAUUGAUGUGCUGUGUCGGACUGUCCCAAGUUAAGCUAAGUAACUGGUGGCACUUAAGUAGUAGCUAUGAUCUCUGGAUCUGUAGUAUGUGAAAAACAGUGCCAUUAGCUAUGGAUUCCUCUUUCAAUUAUUCCUGUUUUACUUAAGCUAAGUAAUUUUCAAAUAACUAAAUAAAAUAAUUAUAAUAAUUUAAGUCCGAUCGACCUAUAGUAGCAUGUCAUGUUCCCUGGAUCGGUGGCUUGUGAAAUCUGGUAGAUUGGACUGUAAAAAAAAUUUAUAUAAAAAAUGCUAUAAUUUGUCGAACCAGGUGUAUACCAUGUUCUCGGGAUCGGUGGUAUGUUCCUUUGGGGAGAUAAUAACAAAAAAAUAUGCUAAUAAUUUGUCGAACCAGAUGUAUACCAUGUUCUCGGGAUCGGUGGUAUGUUCCUUUGGGGAGAUAACAAAAAAAUAUACUAAUAAUUUGGUCGAGCCAGGUGUAUACCAUGUUCUCGGGAUCGGUGGUAUGUUCCUUUGGUGAGACUGAUAUAAUAUCAUCACUUGUGCUUUAAAUUCAAUAUGUAACUUGUUUUUCUAAUUGAUUUUGGGGUCCCAGCUUAUCUCAGGGCUCAAGACAGAGCCAGCUCUUGAUUAUUAGUAUUCACUUUGACUCAAGGCCAUUGACUUGGAACAUUUACAGUGUGUUAUAAAAUAUUUCUUAUCACAACUUAGCUUCAGUAGAGUACAUUUGCUUAGUUCCAGUAUUGUCGGAAUUACUAUCUAUCGGAAAGUGCAUCUUUACUAGGCAGUGUGAGUUGUGUCACCAUCAAUUUUUUUCCUUUGCUUGAGGACAAGCAAAAGUUUAAGUGUGGGGGAACUUGAUAAGCACAUUUCAUACACAUAUUUUGGCACUCAAAUAUGCGGUUUAUUGAGUUAUGACCAUCAACCCUUGCUGUAAAAUAUUGAAUAUUUGCAUGAAAAUCAUUUAAAGAGUCAUUUACUAGUCAUUUGUUUCUUUUGCAGAUAAGUGCGAGAAGGCACUAUAAAUCUUCAAGAUCCUGACUAAGUGGCUAAGAGAAUGAAGAAGAGGAGGAAGAAUGGACUUGUGCGAGAAGAAACGAAGUAGCCAGGGGGCCAACUAUAGAAGAGAGGAUCUACUUGGGAAGAAAGAAGAAAGGAGGAGGGCCAAAGUAAAAAAAAGACAGAUCAGGGAGGAGUCAAAAUCCCUAGCACUGCUCCAUUCCCAAAUCGAGCCUGGCAUCUUCAUCUCCCUCACCCUCCUUCUCCACCUUCGGCCGCCGCCAUGGCCAGGCCGGCAUGGUGGUGCGCCCCCGUAGCCAUCCAUCCACUCAUUUCCAUCCACCACUCCACCAUCACCCUACACCACCAGCACCCCCACCAUCAUUCCGCGCCAUCCAUCCACCAUCUCCAGCCACCGACGCAUCUGGCGCGACCGACCAAACAGCCCGUCUGGUGUCCCGCGUGAGCGCACCAUCCACCACUCCUCUGCUCUCUGCCUGCGGGUGCUUCUUCCCCUUCCCUUGCCCCAACCUGUUGCUUCUUCUCCACGAACCGGCUGCUGCCUCUUGUUCUUCUUCUCCUCCUUCCCUCGUCUCUGAAUCUCCUUGCUGUUGCUCGUUUUCCCUUUUGCUCCUUCUCCUUGCAUCCCCUUGCUGCUGUUGCUUCAACCUGCUGUUUCUCUCUCCCUGACGCCCCUGCUGCUGUUACAACUCUAAUCUCCAACCUGCUGUUGCUCCUCUCCAGCGCCCCUUGCUGCUCCUCACUCGCCCCCUUGCUGCUUCUCUGAACCCCUACUACUGCUAUUUCCCUCAUUAUCUUUCUCUGAAUUUUCUGUAAGCUGAGAUGUGUAAUGCUUUGUAAUGUUCAGAUUUGAGUAGUGCUUGGCACUUGUUCAGUUUCAGACUUGUCCUUGAUUAAUAGUACUUGUGUUGUUCAUCUCAGAGUACUAGAAUUAUGUCUUGUAACCUCUCCCUGUUUGCAUAUGUGUGAUGUGUGUUCUGUAGUGUUUUUGUUAACUUUGUUCCUGUGAAAACAUUUAUGUUUGUGUUGUGA